AUGGAUCAAUUCCGUACAUCGCCACAUCAAAGAGAACUUAUUGGAAAGAUGGAAGAUGCUACUGAUAAUGUUCUUAGAAAGACAAAAACUUAUCUACCACAUAUAGCUAGGUUGUGUUUGGUUUCAACGUUUUUAGAAGAUGGACUUAGAAUGUGGAGCCAGUGGGAUGACCAGAGAUCGUUUAUGCAAGAGUCAUGGAAAUGUGGCUAUUUUCUUGCAACAGUCUUUGUAUUAUUUAACUUUUUUGGUCAACUUUUACCAGUUGGUAUGGUAAUGAUUCGAAAAAAUGUUAAAGUGGCAUGUGGAAUAUUGGCAAGUGUUGUUGUUUUACAAACAAUUGCAUACCACAUUUUGUGGAAUUUAGAAUUUUUAGCAAGGAAUAUUGCCGUUGCUGGAUCUUUACUCUUACUUCUAGCAGAGACUCAAGAAGAAAAACGUAGUUUAUUUGCCGGAGUUCCGACAAUGGGAGAUGACAACAAACCAAAAAGUUGGUUACUUCUUGUUGGUAGAGUCUGUCUUGUUUUUAUGUUUCUUUCCCUAAUACACAUUGAAAUGUCUUUCUUAAAGAUGCUUGAACUACUUGUUGGUAUUGUCCUUAUGACAUUAGUUACAAUAGGACUUAAAACAAAGUUAUCUGCAUUUAUCCUAGUUAUAUGGUUAUCUGGACUUAAUCUCUAUCUUAACUGUUGGUGGACAGUACCAUCAGAUCGGUUCUAUCGUGAUUUCAUGAAAUACGAUUUCUUCCAAACAAUGUCUGUCAUUGGCGGACUGUUACUUGUUAUUGCAUAUGGUCCUGGAGGAGUUUCUGUAGAUGAUUACAAAAAACGUUGGUAG